AUGACCCCCCAGAAGCUGCAGAAGGAGUUUGCGGAGACGUAUACCCAAGCUGAGAAGGAAGAAGCGUUGUCCAAGACAGCCGAGAUCGUUCGGAAGUAUAGCGACGAGAUGGUCAAGAGAUGGAACGAAGAGAUAGACACUCUUCUCGUAUACGCGGGUCUCUUCUCAGCUAUUCUCACUGCCUUCAACGUCCAAUCCUACCUGCUCCUCCAGCCGCCUGCGACCCCGGAUCCUACCCUGGCUGUCUUACAGCAGAUCUCUCUCCAACUCAACAGUUUCUCAGUAAACCCGCCUUUCGUCAAUUCGACCCAGCAUGCAAUCAUACCAUCUAUUCCUCCGACGCCAGAGGCGGAAUCCUGGGCCGUCGCUCUGAACACACUCUGGUUCUCGGCGCUCAUAUGCAGUCUUGCCUCUGCUUCAUGUGGCAUACUGAUCAAGCAAUGG